UCUGAACCCCUGGGCCGCUGCUUUCGAUCUCACACCGGUUUUGCUCCGUCGGGCGAUUCUGCCGCAGCUUGUCACCCGUUCGUCGACAGCUCACUGGCGCCGAUGGCUGGAAAGCCACUCGCAACCUCCUCUCCGAUGUCCCUUUGCACUAUCCAGCGUUCUCUCCUCCUCAUUGCCGCUCUAACCUUGAUCUGCUUCACCCUUAUCUCCCUCAGAUCUCUUCGCUCGUCGCCGCAACUCCCCUUGCAUAAGGUCUCUGUGGCUGAAUAUUCUGAUGAUCUUCCCAGCCGGGGACUGCUUUAUUCCUCGAUCUAUCACUCUCCUGAUGUUUUUUUCAAGGAUUACGCAGAGAUGGAGAAGAAAUUUAAGGUAUAUAUCUACCCGGAUGGGGAUCCGAAUACGUACUUCCAGACGCCGAGGAAGCUAACCGGGAAGUACUCUAGUGAGGGUUAUUUCUUCCAGAACAUCCGGGAAAGUCGGUUUCGUACGGAGGAUCCUGAUCAGGCAGACCUGUUCUUCGUGCCCAUAUCUUGCCAUAAGAUGAGAGGAAAGGGAAUAUCUUAUGAGAAUAUGACUAUCAUAGUUCAAAAUUAUGUUGAAAGUUUGAUCAGUAAAUAUCCAUAUUGGAACAGAACCCUGGGUGCUGAUCACUUUUUCGUAACAUGCCAUGAUGUCGGUGUGAGAGCAUUUGAAGGAAUUCCUAUGGUUAUAAAAAAUUCAAUCCGUGUUGUCUGUUCACCUAGCUAUGACGUUGGGUAUAUCCCACACAAGGAUGUUGCUCUUCCACAAAUCCUACAGCCAUUUGCUCUCCCAUCAGGUGGACAUGACAUUGAAAACAGGACUAUACUAGGAUUUUGGGCAGGUCAUAGAAACUCAAAGAUAAGAGUUAUAUUAGCCCGUGUAUGGGAGAAUGAUACUGAGCUAGCCAUUAGCAACAACCGUAUAAACAGAGCUAUUGGUGAGUUAGUCUAUCAGAAGACAUUCUACAGGACUAAGUUCUGUAUUUGUCCAGGUGGUUCCCAAGUCAAUAGUGCUCGAAUAACUGACUCAAUUCACUAUGGAUGUGUUCCAGUAAUUUUAUCCAAUUACUAUGACCUGCCAUUUAAUGACAUUGUUGACUGGCAAAAGUUCUCUCUUGUGCUUAAGGAGAGUGAUGUCUACGGGCUAAAGUCUAUCCUGAAGUCUGUGUCACAUGAAAAGUUUGUUGAUUUACAUAACCGCUUAGUUGAGGCCCAGAAACACUUUGAAUGGCAUUCACCUCCAAUACCUUACGAUGCAUUUCACAUGGUAAUGUACGAGCUUUGGCUUAGGCACCAUGUCAUUAAGUACUGAGACAAGGUUGAUUGAUGGACUAUGCGUUUUAUCCAACUUUUGAUUGAUGGACCAUUCAUUUGAUCCAACUUUUGAUGAAACUCUGAACUGGUUCAAGACCCAGGACAUCUGCAUAUAGAGAUGCAAUAUUGUUAAAGUUUGUGAGUAAAUUCAACCACAGAAGUAUGGAAGGAGAAGAAGCCAUGGAAUGGGUUUGGAACUUUUUACUAGAGCAUCUUUUCCAGUGUGUAUCAACCAUUUUCAUAUAGCAAGAAAAGGGUUCGCAAAAUGGUAGAGAGUAGGCAGCAAUUCGAACAGAGGUUGGUACCUCCCUUCUCAUCUCGGUAUUGCUUGGCAGUUUUAAAAAAUGCACUAUAGUUUCUUAUUUGCAAUUUUGUUUCAUUCUGGAGAAUUAAUCGCACUAAAUUGUGGCUUCUUUAUGUGUUUUGUUAUGCAAUUUAGUGUUGUAAUCAUGAGAGGAGUAGAUGUUAACUUGUGCUGUUUCACUUGCUAUAGUUUGUAGUCUCUCCUGUGAUCCACUGACAUUCUCUUUCACAGCUCUGUGAUCCUAUGGACACAAUUCGCGUACAAUAAUAAUAUAGAGAGUGUUUUGGAUUAUCUCA